AUGGCAGGAGGGGAGCCCCCGGUCAAUAAGGCAACAUCGGGAGCUCGACUUCUCCCCCUGGUGAUGGAGAUGGAAGUAACAUGCAGUGUUCCUCUAGUGGUGGAGGUGGGAGCAGCAGAUAAUCUUUCUCUGCUGGUGGGCACUGGAUGCUCAUGCUCCCCCCUGUCUGGGGGCGUGACACUCGUACUCCCCCCAUUCUGGAUGCUGGACGCUCAUGCUCCCCAGUCUGGGCGCUGGACGCUGGUGCUCCCCCAGUCUUGGGCACAACUCCGCCACGAAGCGCCUCACGAACACCUCACUUCUCUCCUCUCUCCACACAUCUCCCUUUGCUCCUUGUCCCCAACUUCCUCUCCUGGGCCAGUUCCUCUCCUCUUCUUGGAAGGGGCAAAUCACCACCAAUUUCUCAUGACCUACAGUUGUGUAGGAAAGUUUAGGUGUGGAACAUCUUCCCAAUGUGUCAGAAAGAGAGCCCGAUGUGAUGGGGUGACAGACUGUGACCAUGGAGAGGAUGAGUUUAGAUGUGUCAGACUCAGUGGAAGAAAUUCAGUGCUCCAGAUUUAUACUGGUGGAUCAUGGAAAACUGUUUGUUCAGAAGACUGGAAUGAAACAUAUGGAAAUACAGCCUGCAGGCAGCUGGGAUAUUCCAGAUACGGAAAUUCCAGUUCCCUUCCUGUAUCUGAAAUUGAGUUCCAGUUCCAACAGGACUUAAUAUCAAUCAGUUUAAGCCAGCCUGCUGGCCAUAUUUUCAAGAUUCACAAUGUGACACAUAUAAGCAGGACCCAUUGUACCUCUGGCAAAGUGACGUCAUUAAAAUGUUUAGAGUGCGGUUCAAGGCCCAGAUACAGCCCUCGGAUUGUUGGAGGCAAUGAAUCCAAAGUGGGGCAGUUCCCAUGGCAAGUUAGUCUGCACUUUGAGAGAGAGCACCUUUGUGGAGGUUCAAUCAUAACAUCGCGAUGGAUACUAACAGCAGCUCACUGUGUUUACGGAUUUGCUUUCCCUUCUUCUUGGACAGUACAUGUUGGUAUCACUGACCAACCUGUGACAGGGAUCAUGGCUUAUACUGUAAAGAAGAUAAUGCAUCAUAAAAAGUACAGACCCAAAACUUUACAUUAUGACAUUGCCCUAAUGAAGCUGACUACACCACUUACAUUUGAUGGUAAUGUGGAGCCAAUAUGCCUUCCAAAUUAUGGUGAAGAGUUUGCAGAGGGAAAAAUGUGCUGGAUUUCAGGCUGGGGUGCAACGUAUGAUGGAGGAGAAGGUACAGUUGCUAUGAACUAUGCCCAGAUACCUCUGCUGUCCAACAAAGAGUGCAAUCAGCCUGAUGUGUACCAAGGCUUUAUAGCUCCUACAAUGAUUUGUGCUGGAUAUUUAGAAGGUGGUGUAGAUUCCUGCCAGGGAGACAGUGGCGGACCAUUGGCUUGCGAAGAUUCAAAUGUCUGGAAGUUAGUUGGAGCUACAAGCUGGGGACUGGGAUGUGCAGAAAAAAACAAACCAGGAGUCUACACCAGAAUCACUAAAUGCCUUGAUUGGAUUCAUGAGCAGAUGGAGGUAAAAACAUGA